AAUAAAAGAUCAGAAAAAAAAAAAUUAUAAGAAAAAAAAAAAUUAAUAAAAAUUUCAACCACCGACACGUGGUUGAGAAUCUGAAUUGACAAAUAGAGGUCCAUAGACUGUGGCGUAAAACAAAUAAAUAAAAAUAAUAAAAAAAAAAUGGAGUCAAAAAAACCCAAACAAAAAGAAAAAUUGAUGCCAAUUGCAUAAACAGAGUGACUGGGUUAAAGAGAAAGAAGAAGAAAAAGAGAGCAUCCAACGACGUAGUUUUGUGGGUUCAUCGAUCAAUCUUCAGGAAGGAAUCAUAUGCUGGAAGACUAAGAAAUAAGUGUGAAUUUUGAAGAUUGCUAUAAGAUAUGAUGACUUCUUCUGGGUCAGGGGCAUAUAGGGUUGGAGGAUCUUUAUCAUCAUCUAAUCUUUCACCCUUAGCUCCCCCGUUUAAGGUUGAUAAAUUCCUUUUGAAGCCGAAUUCAACGAACACGUCGGUGAAUUAUCCUGAUGUGCCUGUGUAUGGUACUUGCUUUGAUCCCACCCCUGGCCACUUCUGGAACUCGUCUUCGUCGUCUAACUCUGGACCAAACUCUGUAGCAACUGAGUCUGUGGUUACUAAUACCAAUUGCUCAUCUUCAGCUCACAUGUAUGGGUACCGAGACCCCCAAUCCAGCAGUUCGUCUGCCAGUGUUUAUUAUGGUAACACUAAUUCUGUGCCUGCAUAUGACCCCUUUCCGUAUGAACCUUUUCCAACCACAAAGACUGAUGAGGCUGCAAAGCCUUUUUAUCCUCCAUAUGUUUCUCCUCCACCCCAGAAAGAUGAAUACUUGGGUUUGGGGGUUGGUAAUGGGCCAAGUUAUGACUUGCUGUCUGCUCAUUUGAGCGGACGUGGUUCUGCUCAAGUUGAUCACACACAAGCUAUGUCUGGUGAUGGAAGAUAUAAAUCAAAGUGGGGGGUUUCCUGGAGUGGAUUGAAUGAGAAUGAUCAUGGCAAAUUGACUGAUUAUACCCAGGGAUUUGUCUCGAAGGACUUAAAUAGUUCAAAGCUAUCCAACAACAAGAGUCCUCUUGUUGAUGGGAAUAACAAGAGUCAACCUUCUGUUGACAUCAACGUUCAUUCUUUUGCUAGUGGAAGCAACAGCAAUAAUCUGUUUGGUGAUGUGAGCAACAAGACUUCAAAUCAAGGGGCUUGUGGUUUACAUGGGCAAGUCUCUACUGCUAAAGAUAACUGCUUCGAUAUCUUUGGGGGAGGAUAUAGUCUGGGAAGUCUUGGGAUAAAUCAGCUAGAUUGUAAGUUAUCAUCUGAUUGCUCAAGAGCACGAACCUCUGCUUUUGCAUCCGUCACUAAAGAAAGCUCUCAUCUUCAGGAACCAGUCCUGGAAUCAAUUAUAAGUUUCUGUGGCCCUCAAAAGGCGAUUAGUUCUUCACCCGAGGACCACUUCAGCCAAACAGGCUAUUAUAUGUUUGGUCGUCCAUCAACCAACAACACUUUCCCCAUGACUGUGUCUAAAUUACCGUAUGGUGGGAGCAGCUCUUUAGUGCAAAGUACUCUAUCAGGUGCUAAUGUGGAUUCUAUGGGUAUUGAUGCAGCCAACCAAAGUAACUCUGCUGCAGGGUAUAACUCUUAUCAAAUGGAGCCUCAGAUGCCAGUUGGCUCAAAAAGCCAUUCGAGCAUUAGAAUUAGAAGACCUGUCCCCUCCUCAACAGCAGCAUCCUCUUGCCAAAUAAGAGAAACUGCAGAUAAUAGAUUUGAUGACAAAGUUGUUUCUGAGAAAAGGAAAUUUUCACCUGAACUACCUCAUGAAUUAAAUUUAGAUGGUUUAAACAUGGACGCUAGUGAUGCUGAAGCUGUGUAUUCUAUAGAGAAACAUUCUGGGGGGUCUGAUGGCCAUAACCCUGCUGAAGAUUCACCAUGCUGGAAAGGAGCUUCAUCCCAAUUUUCACCAUUUGGGCGCUCUGAAAGUGUGGCUUCUGAUGUUUUUGCAAAGAAAAUAGAUAGAUGCAGAAGUUUGAGUUCUCAGGAUCUCCAGAAUAAGAGCUUUUUUUAUAAUGCUUCUGCUUCUAAAGAUUUUUACUCUGGAAAAGUAAAUGAGGCAACUUCCUUAGAGAGGCCUUCAGCCCUGGAUUGCUCAUCAAAUGGCAAUGAAGAUAUUGGUAUUGUGAAGAACCCAAAAUCCUAUUGCUUUGAUCUUAAUACUGGAGAUGGCCUUCAAUCUGCUGAUGAUUGCCAUGCUUCUGUCAUGGAAUGUGGUAUGAUGAACAAAUCAAAAGCAGUGUCAGACCUAAAACAUUCUCUGACUGCACAACUCAAUCUUAAAGGAGACUUGUCAUCUGCAAGAAAUGUUUCAGCAAAUCCUUCUUCUGAAAAAAGUGGGAAGGGUACUCCUGCUGCUGCAAAGAGUCUUUCUGGUUUGCCAUCAAAUAUUGACAUUAAUCGCUCUAAUUCACUUCCUGAAAAUGAAGCCAGUGUAAAGUCAGCCAGUGAAGGUCCUGAUUCAAGAAUUGAUGUUAAUGUUCUGCUGAGAACAAUGAUGAAUCUAUCAGAAAUACUUCGGUGCUACAUCCUGAAUAAUCAAGUUGAAGUUGCAGGGAUACAAUCUGUAGCCAUUAAGCAGAUCAUCAACAAUCUUAAUGCUUCCAUGUUAACAAUGACUGGACAUACUAAUGUGCUUUCUUCACCAGACUCUUAUCUCCAGAAAGAUUUUCCUGCUGGUCAGAUGGUGAAUGAUGCUGAAGCAUUUGCUGCUUCUGUGAGGUUUGGUGGGACAACUGCGGAGAUUUUGGAUAAUGUUUCUGUAAAGGAUGAUAGAAUUCCAUUCGGGGAUGCUAAUAUGACGGAGGCUGUAAAGAAGCUUCUUUCUGAGAAUCUUGAAGAGGAGGAUAUAGACCAGCAAAAACUUUUAUAUAGAAAUCUGUGGCUUGAAGCGGAAGCUUCACUCUGUGUCAUGACUGCUAAAGCUCGCUUUCUUCGUAUGAAGACCGAGAUGAAGAGGAUCCAUGAUGUAACAAAAGAUUUACGUAGGGCUGAUGAAUUAGCAAAUGAGGAUAAAAAACCCCCGCUAAUUAGUGAAUGCCCAAAGUCUACUACAACCAGCUAUCAUAAUCACACAGGGUUCUUCCAUACUACAAAUCUACAGGUAGUGGGCUCACAUGUCUCUGAACAUGAAAGGUCAGGAUCAACCAAAAAGGAAACCAAUUUUCCAUCGCCUUGUCUUUCUAAACCAGGUGCCCCUGGAGACGAGUCCGAUGAUUCACUCACUGCCAGCCAUGCCAAUGAUGUUGACACUGGUGUUAUGGCCAGAUAUCAAAUCCUUAGGAAUCGUGUUGGUUGCUUAGACUCUCUGAAUAAUGAGAGCAAACAAUCUUCUAGUGAAUACAAGUGUCAUUCGAGUUUGUAUGAUUCAGGCAAUGGUAUAAAUGCUUCAGGCAUGACUACCAAAGAAAGUGAUCUUGAUACUGUUUUUGGUGGGUAUCAAAUUUUGAAGUGUCGGGAUGGCAACUCAGAUUACACAAACUACGAUGGCGAACAGUCACCAGGAGAUGAAAACUAUCUGCCUGGCAAUAGUUUCUCCAUCCCAGAUAAGGCUUUAACGGAUUCCCAACUGUCUAACUCAUUGGGUGUUACUGAUGAAAAUGAGGCCUCUGUUAUGGCUAGGUUCCGGAUCAUACAAAGUCGUAUGAAUCAUUCAAACUCCAUGAUCAAUGAUUCAACUCCAAGUACAGCAGUUGCUGAGGAUGGAACUGAAAAAAUGGGUGGUUCGCAGCAGGACUUGAACAUCAAGAUAACCUCUUUUGGGCCAUAUCCUGAAUUGACUGAGGAUGAAGAUGUAAAUAUACUCAAAAUUGGUGUGAAUGGUGUCAGUGAUCAGGCAUUAGCUCCAAUUGUCAAGAACAGUGUGAUUUUCGAGGGCUGGUAUGAUAACGACUGCUCUUCAUCAGCAGACUGGGAACAUGUCUCUAGCCGUGAUGUCUGAAAACAGGAUUGAUGCCGUGAUGUCCUCCCUCGCACGUUUUAAAGCCGCUUGUACAUAAUAAUUAGUUACCUCCAGAACCUUUUUUUCUUUUCUUUUAAGUUUGUAAUAAGUGAUUGCACGUCUUGGAUUAUCAAACUUUCUAUUGCGUGGAUUAUGCUUGUUUGGAUAUAUACUAACUUUAAUGUCUAAUUGUUCGUACAUUUUGUAUCCAAUUAUCAAACUUUCUACUGCAUGGAUUAGGCUUGUUUGAAUA